AUCAUCGCAGAUCAUCUUUUAUUUGCCAAGAAUCUCAAGGUGAUUUGUACGCAUGUCUUCACAACCUUGAAUUCUCGAAUUUCAAUCAGUAAGCUUAUUAUCUUGAAUUAUUUCGGAUUGAAUCACUCCCAAAGCUUCACGCAUUUUUUAAAAGAGAAUUCGCUAUAUUUUAAUUCUAAUAAAUUUUAUAUAUUGUGAAGAACUAAUAUAAGGUCCUUUCAUUUUAUAACUAACUGUACAAGAUUUCGGACGGCUAGUCGAACUCUUAUUUUUAAAACACUAUUUCAUUGACCGGCAACACCGGCGAGAAGGGAUUUUGUUUACUUUUUCUCUGUCGAAUUUUGUGCAAUGGCUGCUCGUAAGAAAUUUAGUAACGGGACCAAACCUUUUCCAAUUAGAGGUGAUCGUACCAACUAUGUUAAUUUGCCUCAUGUUAUUGCAAUGGUUGGUUUGCCUGCAAGAGGCAAAACCUAUAUAUCCAAGAAAUUGACUCAUUAUUUGAAUUGGAUUGGCAUCAAAACUAGAGUUUUUAAUGUUGGAGAAUAUCGUCGUUCUGCUACUGAGGCCUACAAAAAUCAUGAUUUUUUCCGUCCUGACAAUGCAUCAGCGAUGGCCAUUAGAAACAAAUGUGCUCUAGAUGCUUUGGAAGAUGCAUGUAAAUGGCUUGAAACUGAAGGAGAAGUUGCCGUUUAUGAUGCAACUAAUAGUACACGUGACAGGCGAAAAUUGAUUCAAGACUUUGUGUGUGAAAGACAUGGGUUCAAGUUGUUCUUCAUUGAAUCUGUGUGCUUUGAUCCUUCCAUUAUUGAAGUGAAUAUCAGAGAAGUGAAAGUGCAUAGUCCUGAUUACAGAGAUAGUGAUAAAGAGGAAGCACUAAGGGAUUUCAUACAAAGAAUCGAUCAUUACCAGAAGGCUUACCAAACACUUGAAGAACAAUAUGAACCGAAUUUCUCUUUCAUGAAGAUAUUUAAUGCAGGAGCUAAGGUCCUGGUUCACAGGCAUGAAGGUCACAUCCAAAGUAGAGUUGUUUAUUACUUAAUGAAUAUCCAUAUUUUACCACGAUCCAUCUACUUAACUAGACAUGGUGAAAGUGUUCUCAAUGUAAGAGGUAGAAUAGGAGGUGAUGGAGAGUUAUCUGAUAGAGGAUGGGAGUACACCAGAGCUUUAGCUAAGUUCAUCAAAGAACAGGACAUUCCUAGAUUAAGAGUGUGGACUAGUCAAUUGCUGAGAACUAUACAAACAGCUGCUGGGAUUGAAGCUCCCCAGGAAAGAUGGAAAGCAUUAAAUGAAAUAGAUGCUGGUAUUUGUGAAGAGAUGACCUAUGAAGAAAUUCAAGAGAAAUAUCCAGAAGACUUUGCUGCCCGUGAUCAGGACAAAUUUCAUUACAGAUAUCCAAGAGGGGAAUCUUAUGAAGAUUUGGUUGCUCGAUUAGAACCUGUGAUAAUGGAAUUAGAGAGACAGGAAAAUGUUUUAGUUGUUGGGCACCAAGCUGUUUUAAGAUGUCUUUUAGCUUACUUUCUUGACAAAAAUUCUGAAGAAUUGCCAUAUCUAAGAGUACCUCUGCAUACUGUGAUUAAACUUACACCUGUUGCUUAUGGCUGUGAGAUGGAACUCUUCAAACUUGAUGUUGAUGCUGUUGACACUCACAGAGAAAAACCACAGGUACCGGGAGAACUUGAUGACAAAUUCAAGUUUAAGGAAUUAAAGGAAGAUCUAGGAAUAGAAGGAUGUGAGGGUGAAAAAAAGUUCUUCCUGUUUGAUGCAGCAACAAAAGUUUAUUAAAUGUCAUCUUAUGUCAAUCUGUUUAGGAACAUUCAUAGAGGAAUGUCAAAAUUCUAGUCCUGAAAUUAUUCUUACUGCACUGAAUGUUUGUAAUUACUAAAAUGGUCUGCUUGAGUGUAUCUAUUGUAAAUGGAAUAAUUGUGCAUUCUAAUGGGAGGCUUACUUUUUUGUAAUGUAAAGUUCUUGUCAAAAUAUUAGUAAGGUUUAUAAAGAAUUGUAUAUUAUGAGAUUAUUUUUGAGUAAAUUAUUUUGACUUUUAUAAUGUGAACUAGGAAAUUCAGAAUGUACAGGGUUUAUACAAAACAAAUUAGUGCCGCUGAAAUAACUUUGCUAUUUUCAAAUUUAUUGCCAUAAAAUAAGGCUUUCUUUACAUUUGUAUUCUCAUUUUAUAUUGUAAGCUUUUAUAGCAAAUUAUUAUUUUUAAAAUACAAAAGAAAAUCAUUUUAUUGCAAGUCCUUAUAAAACCUCUACUGAAAACAAGCUGCUUUCAAGGAAUUUGUUUGACAGAUCUUUGGUGUAAUGAUUGGUUAACUAUUAUUCCAGCUAUGUAUUCUAAAUGUGCUUAAUAUUCAAUGCAAUUAUUCUAGAAUUUUUAUAUUUAAUCUAUACUAUUUUUUAGACUAUUUGUUUUCUAAAUAUAGUAAUGUUAUUGUAAAAAGUGUAAUGAGUUUUGUUAUUAUUGUUCAUGCAUAUUUUUUUUAGUUUAAAUAUAGGAUUUUCAAAUUACAGUAAAAGCUUGAGUAUCCGAAAUGUGUGGGAUUUGCAAAAAUUCUGGAUACUAGAGCACCAAAAUCUUAAUUUUUAAUAUUAACUUAUUUUCUAGAAAGAAAGAAAAUGAACCACCUCAAUGAAAACAAAAGAAACAUUACAAUUGAAUCUUAUGAAAAAAUAAAGAUGAAGGAAGAAAACCUAUAGUAGUUAUUCAUUAAAAUUAAAAGGAAAAAAUUAUCAGUAGUUUUUUUUAAUAUAUAAUCUAAAUGCUUGUUUAUAAUUGAGUGAAAUUAAAUGUCUUGUAUCAAAUAUCGAUCAAUAAAUUACUACUGUGUGAUUUCGAAAUGUUCUUAUUAAUCUUUAGGAAAAAAAUUAUAAAUUUCUGAAAAUUCGAUUUUUGUAUUUUUCUCGCAGUUUAAUUCCAGAUAACCGAGCUUUUAUUGUAAUUAAUUUCUUAUAAGUUUGUUUUGUAUCUCACAUAAGUAAUUCAAAACUAUUUAUUUACACUAGUUUUUAAAGGGCUAAGAAUUGUUGCUUUUUAGAUAAGAUUUAGAAUAGAUUGCACAUCCAAGAAACAUAAAUAUUUCAAAGUAUGAUCAGAAAUAUCAUAUUUUCAGAAACUUAAAUUUGUUGCUUUGCAUUUUAUGCCCGUCUAUCCUAUAUCAUUUUCUAACUAUUUGGAAUAUUUCUUACAUUCCAAAUUAUUUCUUAUGGAAUAUUUCUUAUACUUAAAUUUUAUUAAAAAAAUUGUGGGGAAAAAAUAGGCCAAAGUUGUCCUGAUUUACAGUAUGCAUGAAAUUACUGUGUGAUAUAAAGCUCUUCCAAAAUUGUUUGCUGUAAUUAUGCCCGCAUUUUAUUGGUAUACUUAAAAUUUAGUUAUGAUUACUAGGAUAAAAUAAAUUUAUGAAGCUUUGGGAUAAGGUUUCGAAAUUCUGAUAUAGUAAUUCCAAUAUAACAUUGGAAAAAUGAUUAUAUUGUGAAAUGAAUUUUUAAAAAAAAUCUUUAUGCAAGUACCAUUACGGAGAAGUACUCUGAUGUUUCAUAUUUUAGGUAUCUUGUGUGGUAACUUUUAUUUUAUUGUACUUUUUUCUGUGUUUUAUUUUAUUUAAAAAUUUUAUAUUGAAUUAUAUAUUUAGGGGCCAAAGAAACUGACAGUUAUUUAGUGGCUACCAAAAAUUGUGACGUUGUUUUCAAUUGAAUCAUUAGAUACAUAUUGAACAUUAUAAAAAGAUGUGCAUUUUUAAAGAAUUUAGUGAUGUAACUAGUAGUUUAGUAAUACUGAAGGAGGUCAAUGUUUAAGUAUAUCAGAGCUUACAUUUGAAUGAAAACUAGUUGUUCAUUUUCUGAAAAAAUUUAUUGGUAUUAAAAUCGGAAAAUUUACUCACUAAGUUUCUAUUUUCUACUUACUCUAACUUAAUUUUUCACUCAAAAACUUCUGUGAUGGAAAUAUUUUGAUCCAAUUUUCUCCCAUAGAUACAUAUUUACAUGGGCUGUUUUAUGGGUAACUAACAUUUCACAAAAUUAGAUCUGUGAGAAUUUUUAAUGCGUUUUUAGCUAAAUAAAAAUAUGUCGUUAAAAUUUAAACUAUUUCUCGUCUUUCUUUUUUCUUUCAAAAAAUUUAUUGCCACCGUUUAACCAUUAUUUUAAAUGCUUGUGUCAGUUACCCAUGAAAUAUUUUCCACUUAUUGGUUCAAUCUAUAUUUUGAAAUUUAUAUAGUUGAGUACUCUAUAUGAUGUGUUUGUACUUACUCUUGUGUGUGAAUUGUAUGUGUGUAUUUAAAUUAUCCCUAUCUUAUUCUUAAAUAUUGAUGUGCAAUAUAAUGUAAGCAGUUUUCAAUAUUCUUUUCAUGACACAUAACCCAAAAAUGACAAGUUAUUUGAGAAUCGGAGAGAAACAAAAUUAGAAGGAAAAUUAAAGGUUUGCUUUGUUCUGCUAAAAGAAAGUUUUUCUCACAAAUUUAGUUAGUUUUUGAUACAAAUGUUGUCAACAGGUUGCGCUAGUUACUAAACAUUGUUUUCUAAAUAAUUACUAUUUGCAGCAACGUCUUCUGAAGACAAAAUUAAGACUCCUUCAAAUAUUUCUGAAUAUUUGCUGGAGAUAAAAUUAUCUGAUAUAUGCUUCAGAAAACAUUUGUUUUUAAAUUGUGCAUUCUGCAGCGCCGUUUGUUGGUAAAUUUGUAACUAAUUUUAACACUUAAAAAUAGUUUUCUGAGAACAAAAUGCAGCAAAUCAACAUUUAUAUCUCCUUUGAUUUUUGAAUCUAGAUCAUUUUUGAGAUUCUUGAUAAUUAUAACUUAUUGAAAGUUAAAUGAUUAUGAGUUCUUUUUUUCCCCUUAUUUAUUUUUGCCCUGUUAACCCAUCAAACAACAUUUAAUAAAAAUGAUUUCCUAUGCAUUUUUUAAAUUCAAUAAAUUUUUACAAGUUAAUUUUUGGAAAACACUACAAAGCCACUUUUUUCUUUUAUGUUUAAAAAUUGUGUGAAUAAUUUAUAUCUAUUUAGGAUUUUAAAUAAACCCAGUACACUUAUUUGUAAAUUUAAAGAUAUGCAUGAUGUGAAACAAAACCUUUACCAAAACUGCUGCUUAGUCAGAGUUUUAAAAGUUAGUGCUUUUAAUUUAGUACUAUUAACUAAGUUUUAAAUUCUGAAGUAUGCUUAUUGUAAAGUAGGUUAAAAGUUGUCUUCAUUAGUUACUAUAAGGAGCCCUAUUUAAAUUCUUAGUCUUUGGUAAAAAAUAACAUGAUCAAUGUUUAGAUUAUUUUUCUCUAAUUAUCAAAAUCAGGAAUUUUGAUCAAAGUUUGCAGAAAAAAGAAUGUAUUUAUUCUCAAAUUAGCUUAAACUGUUUUUGAAUUUUUAAUGCUUUAAUCCAGUUGUUGCAUUUUCAGAAAUUAAGGAUUAUAUCCAUUUUUUGAUAGUUUCUUCUGGUUCUUUAUCACUGAUGAAUUUGUCAGAACUUGGUGCAAUUUUCCAUACUACUCUUACUAAAAAUAAUAAUUUUAGAUUGUCACUAUUGAAAGAGGAUUGAAUUAAUCUUAAAUGCUGAAAGAAAUGUUAUUGUGAGGCAAAAAUCUGUUUCUCGGUUGGAAAAAUUACAUUUUAUUGAUAGUUAAAAGUGCAAAAUUCGACUUAUCACAUAAUAUUUUGAAGGGUGCUGCUGGCACCAAUUUUUUUAAGUUUUAAAAUGCUUAUAACUAAGUUUAUAGCAUGUAUUUUACUGCUGAAAGAUUGAUUGAUUGAUUUAUUACAAGAACAUAAAAAUUUUCCAGGAAAAUAGACAUUUAAUCAGGCAUUGAUGCCAGUUUAUAAGUUUUCUGCUAACAAACUUUGAAACAAAGUAAAGACAAAGUAUUAGUAAAUCUAAGAUUUAGAUUUAAAAAUGAAAGAUUUUGGCUUCUAAUGGGUUAACAGGGCUUAUUCUAAGUUGAAAAGUUAUUUACAGUGAUGGACUGGAUGAAAUAAUAAGUUUUUUUUAGAUAUUUGUUACUUAUCCCCCAUAAUAUAGUCAAUAUUUAACAAGGAUUACCAGGUAAAUAGACCAGUCCAUAACUGACCAUUAAUAAUAUUNUUUUUUUUUUUUUUUUUUUGAAGAAUAUUCAAUUUUGUUAACUCAAAAAUUUUAUCUUUCAUUCGUAUGAGAUGUUACAAGUUUUGAAAUUUUAUUGUGCAGCUCUUAUAUGUUCUAUUAUGUUUAGUUUCGUAUACACAUAUAUAUUUUUUAGAUUUUAUGAUAUUUUAUUUGAGUCAAUAAAGUUUAUUUUUGUUGUUCA